GGUGUUUUGGUUUUGUUCGUUGAAUGGCCUCGCUCGGCUCGUCUCAAGGGCAGCACCAUUCCGCGCCUGUAUCAAUACUCCAUUGCCAACAUUGUUGACAAGCUGGGACCUGUGGCUCGCAAUUAUUUUGCCCGGGCCAUCUUCUGGCUCGGCGCCAGUAUUCCCUGCUUCUUCGUUUUCCCCGCCAUUGCCGGCGCCUUGACCUUGGCUGUCGGGGCCCUCGUCUACUUUCUUGCUGCCUUCAAGGGAGAGGUCUGGGUUAAGCUUGAGCCACAAAAGGAGCGCGCUCGCGGCAAGGUUUAUGAAGCCCCCACACGCGCCCCGCCCCGC